AUGCCCACUUUCCAUCUAUCUUGUCUAGAAUUCCUCACUGAACCAGAAGCACAGAGAUUUCUUGCCCUGUACACCUUGGGAAACCUGCUGGGGCGUGGAGGCUAUGGAUCAGUUUAUGAAGGUGUUCGUAAGAAGGAUGGACAACAGGUUGCAAUUAAAUAUGUUCCCAAGGAUCCCUCAGACGUGUACAUCACCAUUCCUGGCGAGUCCUGCAAGCUCCAUACAGAGGUGGCGUUAAUGCAAAUUGUAUCAAAGCCACCUCACUGCAAGAACGUUCUGCAACUUCUGGAUUGGUUUGAUAUGCCCAACUACCUCCUGUUGGUGCUGGAAAGACCCAUCCACUGCAUGGACGUUUAUAAUUUGUGCAUGAGUCACAAAGGCAUACUGGAUGAACCACUGGCUAAAAUCAUCAUGCUGCAGGUGCUUGAGGCUGCCCGUCACUGCUACAGUCGCAGAGUUUUCCAUCGUGACAUCAAGGCAGAAAACCUUCUUUUCAACACCGACACCAUGGAUGUCAAACUAAUUGACUUUGGCUGCGGCGAUUUGUGGCAGGACACACCCUACGAGGAAUAUGCAGGAACUCCACAAUUCUGGCCUCCAGAAUGGAUUCAACAGGAUGCGUAUUAUGCCGACUCUGCGACAGUCUGGGGUCUUGGCAUACUCCUCUUUAGUCUUGUAUGUGGAGAAAUGCCCUUCCAAAAUGAAGAGGAAAUUGUUGAUGGGAGCCUCCAUUUCAAGCCUGGUUUGUCUCAAGCCUGUCACCAUCUGAUAAAGUGGUGCUUGGAACAGGACCCUACCAAACGGCCAAGCCUCACACAGAUCAGCGAACACGAGUGGUUCACAGACGUCCUUCAAGAGCAGGUUCUAGACCAGCUUGCUGAGAUUAAGGCUUUGCUCUAUAACCUACAACCACCUGAAGCACAGCCUGCUGAUGCUCUCGCCUCUGCUGCUUCAUUUACUCCUCCUGAGCCACAGCCUCCGGUGCUGUCCCCAGCCGCGGAGCUUCAAGAGGAGGACGUGCUUUCCACUAUGGUCAAGCCCGUGAUAAAAAUGGCACCUGGGGUUGGACACAGCACCAUCUGA